AUAAGUGAUAAUCCCAACUUAAUUUACACUACCACUCAGCUUACAUAACUUAAAAGUUUCACCGACUUUUGAUAGAGAAUGUCUUGAACCCUUACUAAUAGCCCAAUUAUAAGUAAUUAUUUUACUCAAUAUUACCCAAACGCGUCUCUCUGUCACUUGCUUUCUAUAUAGCCCGUCAGCAUUCUCUCUGCAAUCCAGCUUCGAAGACUACCGUCAACCCUCUUUCAACAGUAAACUCGAAACAACAAAUGGGCAGAGCAUACAGAUGGUUUCGAGGUCUAAUAGGAUUCAAUAAACCCGACCCGGACGACAAACCACCCAAGAAGAAAUGGACCCUCGUCAGAUCGUACAAAGACAAAGAUCACUCUUUGAUGCUCACACCGGAAAAAUCCCAACAUGGCGUCGUUCCGUUGCAUCCCAGUGGCGAAACUGAAGGUGACGCCGGCAAUCACGCCAUUACUAUGGCGGAGGCCACUGCUGCUGUGGCGGAGGCUGCCGUUGCUGCUGCUCAGGCAGCCGCCGCAGUAGUCAGGCUUACCAGCAGUGGUAGAACUACUGAUUCUGCAGUCAAUGGAUGUGUGGACAUGUCGGCGCGUGUUAGCCAAAUGGCAGCCGGUUAUGGCUGCCGUGAGGACUUGGCCGCCGUUAUGAUCCAGUCCCAUUUCCGAGCCUAUCUGUCGAGAAAAGCUUUACGUGCACUGAGAGCACUAGUCAAGCUUCAAGCACUGGCAAGAGGACACCUUGUGAGGAAACGCACUGCAGAUAUUCUGCGACGAAUGCAGGCAUUGUUAAGAGCACAAGCAAGAGCUCGUAUAGGCCGGGCCAUGAUUUCUAAAUCUCCACUUUCAAGCAUGAAGUCCCCUCAAACCAAUCAUCCAGGACCUGCAACUCCUGAGAAAUUUGAACAUGUUAUUCGAGCUAGGAAUAUGAAGAACGAACAGUCGUUGAUACUCAAGAGGAAUGAUCUGAACUCGAAUGGCAAGGUCCUCAUCAAUCAAGGAUAUUCUACGAGAACUGGUCGACAUGAUGAUGAAAGGAGCAACAAGACACUUGUAGACAACGAGAAGCCAUAUAUAACGCCCAAAUGUAGAAACCUCUUUCAUUCAUCUCAUCUUAGCAUUGGGUCGGACCAAAUCUGUCAUAGCUUUUCUACUUCGAAGGACUCCAUAUCCCAUCUAAAUCCAUCUUACAGUGAAGGUCAAUCCCCUCUGAAGUUUUCGCUUGAUGUUGAUGAAACCUCAAUGGACGCAGCUGACAACGGAGGACCAUUUACACCUACUAAGAGUGAUGGAUCGAGAAGCUGUCUAAGUGGUUACUCAGAUCUUCCUAACUACAUGGCUUACACAGAAUCGUCAAAAGUUAAGGUAAGAUCUCUGAGUGCUCCAAAACAAAGGCCUCAAUACGAGAGAUCAAGCUCGACUAGAAGAUGCUCAAUGCAUGGGUAUGAUGAACCAAGAACAAAUAUUCAGAGGGUUUCUGCAUUGCAUACAAACUUCACAAGCAAAGCUUAUCCGGGGUCUGGUCGUUUGGACAGACUUGGAAUGCCUGCUAGAGGAGAUUUCCAGGGUUUCAAUGGAGAUCAUUGGAACAGAUAUUAGAACAUAACCUGAUUCUUGUGUUUUCUGCUUUGUUAUUAACAAACCAUACGCUUACAAAUAUGGCUAGGUAGUGUGUCUAAUUCCUAAAAGGCAAUAACUGUUUGUUUCACUUUCACCCGUUUAAGAAUGUUGUAAUGCUGUUCACGUUAUUCCAUUUACCUGCCAUUCUGCAUUUCUUGUUUCAA